GGUCUAUUGCAUCGUGUUCUACCACGAGUGAGAGGGGAGAAUGGGGGGGGUUUUAAGUUGAUGGGGUUUUCCCUUUUCCUUUUCUCUUCUCUUCCGUGCCCAGCAGGAGAGGAAAGUCUCACAUGACGACACGAAUCUCCUGUGCUACUCUAGGUUUGAUAUGGUACAGUACAGCAUGGCGCAUGGCUUUAUGCCCUUCUCCUGAAGAGUCGCUCUCUAUCGCAGAUACUCUUAGACGGCACGUAUUCCUUCUUUUCGAAACACCAUACCCCCCUCUCCCCCACCUCUCUUUCAGUUGAAUCUUCACACUCUCUCUUCCCUCCUCUUCUCCCCCCCCCCUUUACUGUUCCAAUCGCAGAAAUACUCCGUUAAAAAAAAAAAAAGUUGGAGAAGGAAAGAGAAAACAGUUCAAUGGCUCUCCCACAUGUUCAAAGAAAAUACGACCUCAUCGUCUUCGGCGCUUCAGGUUAUACCGGCAGACUCACGGCAGAACAAGUCCUCCAACAUACCCCCUCGGAUCUAAAAUGGGCUAUCGCGGGCCGCUCCCCUCAUAAACUCGAGCUCUUGGCCACUGACUUCAAUAGGAGGUUCCCGGACCGUGUUCCCGUUGGAAUUUUUAUUGCCGACCUUGACGAAGAUGCCCUCGAGAAGAUGGCUAGAGCUACCCGGUGCUUGGUUUCUACUGUUGGGCCCUUUAUUCGGUAUGGGACUGCGGUUGUGGAAGCCUGUGCGGUUAAUGGGACGCAUUAUGUCGACUCCACCGGGGAGAUUACUUGGGUGAAGGAAAUUGUGGACAAAUAUCACAAGACGGCAAAGGCUAAUGGUGCUAUUAUGAUUCCCCAGUGCGGGAUGGAAUCUGCCCCCGCUGAUUUGGCUGCUCAUACCCUUGUCAAGAUCAUGCGGGACAGUUACAAUUGCCCGGUUGGAGAUGUAACAUUCUGCUUGCACGAACUCAAAGCAGGAAUGAGCGGAGGAACUCUAGAGUCCGGGAUGUCCCUUCUGGAACACUCUACUCUACAGGAAGUAGUCCACGCAACCAGAACUUAUGCCCUCUCACCUGUCAGAGGCUAUGACCUUCCGUUCGCGUGGCCAAUGCGUAGACACCCUGAAUUGGGGAUUCUUACAAAAUGGAUUCAAGCUGUCCCAGAUACCGUCUACGUAUAUCGGAGUUGGGGAACAUUUGACAGGGGGCAGUACUACGGGGAGAAUUUCAAUUUCAUGGAGUAUCGCCGAGCGAGCAACUGGAUUUCCGCGGUAUUCUGGUUCUUAAUGAUGUGUUCGAUCACGGUACUCCCGAUUUUUGCUCCCUUCAGGUGGCUUGCUCGAAGGUUGAUUCAGCCCGGAGAAGGUCCUACGGCUGAGCAGAUGGAAAAGUACAGAAUGGAAUACCGAGGAGUAGCGGAGGCUGACGACGAUAGUGAAGAUCCUAAAAAGGUUUUUGUGAGACUUACGUAUGAAAAGGACCCAUACACAUGCACCGGAGCCUUGAUGGUACAGGUCGCCAUGAGUAUCCUAUUUGAUGAGGGCAUCGAGGCGAGGAAAUUGGGCUGUGGUAUGCUCACUACUGCUACUGUUGCCACCCCAGAGUUUUAUAGGAAUUUGGAUAGGGCUGGAUUUUGCAUAGAAACAAAAUUGCUGUGAAGGAGGAACCGGCCCAGUUUACUUAGGAAUUGUGUAGUCUAGGUUUUUAGGACUGCUCAAUCAAGCUUAUGAGAGUUGGUAA